UGUCAUGUCUACCCUGUGUUGAAACCACAUGGCUAGCGACUGUCGCUGCGUUUAAAUUUGUAUUUUCCCAGUCUCACGUUUUUAGUAAAGACGUUUUAAUGCAAGAAGACAUCAAGAGAUGGCAGAAGUUGUACAGGAGAAAAGUCGUGGCUUGAAGUUUGCAGAGCAGCAACUCCUGCGUCACGGCUGGGAACAUGGUAAAGGACUGGGACGAGCGGAGAAUGGCAUAUCAGAAGCUAUCAAGGUCAAAGUGAAAUGUGACAAAGGAGGGGUUGGCCAUAAGGAAGGAGAGCAGUUCACCUUCCACUGGUGGGAUCACGUCUUCAAUAAGGCCUCUUCCAGUCUGCAGGUGGAGUCUGAUCAAGGCGGUAUUAAGUUGAAGAAGUCGGUGGAGGAAGAUGAAGAAGAUGGCACGAUCUCCAAUAAGAAGCCACGGAAGGCCUCGCUGGCUAAAGCCAAACUUUAUGGAUGCUUUGUCAAGUCAGCCACACUGAUGUCUGGUCAGGAGCAGCCAGAGCCGAAGUCUUCCAACUCAGAUGACAGCAGUAGCUCAGACGAGGAGGAAGAGGACCAGAGGCUGGAUCUCUCCAGCACCACCAAGCUUUCUGAUGCCGAUCUGAUGAAGGCUUGUGGAGGACGCACGGCUCACAAAGGAGCCAGACACGGCCUGACCAUGAGCGCCAAAUUAGCCAGGCUGGAGCAGCAGGAGGCUGAGUUCAUGGCAAAGUAUGGCAAGAAGAGCCAACCAGCAAGUGCCUCAGCAAGAUCCUCCGGAAGCAUUAAUGAGCUAAAUGGUAAUGAAGUGUCUGAAAGUCCUGAAACAGACGUUAAACCCAAAAAGAAGAAGAAGAAGAAAAAAGCCUGUGGUGUAACUGAGGAAAUAACUGAUGCAGUUUCCACAAAGGAUAAUGUGAUGUGUGUAGAAAAUGGUGAAGUGGACCAUUCUGACAAAACAAAGAGGAAGCAUAAAAAGAAGAAAAACAAAGCAGAGUCCAGUGAAGAAGAAAGGGUGUCUUCACCUGCAGCGCAGAGCAAGAGUCCUGAGGAGACAGCUGAGCUGCACACUGACACUAAAGUGAAGAAGAAGAAGAAGAAGAAGAAGAAAUCCUCCAAGCACCACAGUGAGGAUGAGGAGAGAAUCUGUACAGAAUCCAGCCAGUCAGAGAAGGUCCAGGAUGCAAUUUCAUACCAAAAAGAAAAAGUUACGGAGGAAGAAUCAACAGUAAAGCAGAAAAGGAAAAAGUGUAAAAAGGACAAACUGUUAAUAGAUGAUAAAGUAGAUGAGGAGGCACUUCCUCCAAAGAAGAAAAAGAAGUCCACAGUGUAGUAUUUGGCUGACUGGGGAACUUAGCUUUACAUUAAAUCAGCGGCGGAGUGAAACGUGCUAAACGUGGAUGAUUCGGAGGCUGUGCUCUCUGCUUUGACCUGUAAAUGGUGUUUUCCACUGAUUGGACAAUAACUUUAAUCAGUUAUUCAGACCAGUAACAAGAUGAUGACAUCAAGAAGUUGUGCUUCUCCUGCCUCUUGAACGACCUCACUUGAAAUCUGUCAAAUAAAUUUUUCGAAGAGCAUUGAUUAUUAGCUUUUGUAUAUUUAGUAGCCUGUCGCAGAUUUACAAGUGACUGAGAAAAUCAGGUCUGUUAAGGUUUAUUAAGGUUGUUGCUGGUGGUGCAGGCUUUUUUUUUUUUUUUUUAAGGUUGUUGAUUGUCUACAACUUGAAAUAUGUGCAGCUCAAUGAGCCAAUUAAUCUUUUAUUUUGAUGCUGUAAAUCAUUGUUUUGAUGAGUCAGCACUCUCAGCUCAUCCAUACAGUGCAGCCCCAAAUGCAGCUUUUCUAAGCUGACACUUAUAAAGAAGUAAAUCUGACAUUUGUGCAGCCAAUUAAAAGUAAGUUGUCUGUGUUGACCACUUCAUGGGGAAUUUUUAGUGGAAAACGAGUAUGAAAUGUAAAGAGUUAAUUGUAGUUUCUGCACCUCCUCUACGAAGGAGCUGCCAACUUUGCUGUAUUUUUAUUAUAAGGACAAACUAUUACAACAAAUUCUGAACUUUAUAUGCAAAUGAAUGGCACAUUAAACUCCACUUGUGUGAUUCUUUCAGAUUUACAGAUUUCAUAUUUCUGUUAUUGGCUUAAACAAGAAAAAACGACACCAUAGAAUUACAAUAAAAAGAAAAAAAAAAAGGAAUUCAUUAUACAAAUAGAAAGAAUAUUGAUACGGAUUGACCUUAACUUCAUAGUGGGGACAACUACUGCCUUCAAUUUGUUAUCUCUAACCAUGUAAAAAUUACAAUCUCUUUAGCACUUACUUCCAAUUUCUUUCACCCACAACAUCGUGUGUCAACAGUUUGUCAACAGCUCAUGACAGAUUUGACACAAAUGACGUAUUAAAUGCAUGCAGUGUUUCUGAAUGUGAAAUUACCUUAUUGCAUGUUCCGUUCUUACUUUUAGAUCAUUUGCCCACACGGCCUGCUUCCACCCUAAUAUGAAGCACGGUAGCCUAGGGACAGUGUGCAUGUGAAAUGCAAUACGACCAUCUUGUAUGGUAAGAAUAUGAUAAGGCUCAUAUCCAGUAAUAACCUAUAUUCAGUGAUACAAAAAUUGGGGGAAUCAAAAUGUCAACAAGCGUAAAGGUUCUCCAAGUAGACCAACAUUUUUUUUUAUCUAUGACAAAUCUGUUAUAAUGUCGCAAUGUGCAAAACAAAUUUCCACACUUUUCAGUGCACAACAUGCAACACGACGAACACAGAAACAGACGUUUGCUGCAACAGUUUGUGGAUGCGUACAAGUCCAAUAUAUUUAGUCCGAUAUCUAUAAUGAAAGUAUAUUCCCAGUAAAGGUAAUUGAUAUCUAAUUGCUUUAAUUCAAAGAUAAUUACAUUGACAGAUGAUUCAAUUCUCUAACCUCCAUCCCAACAAAUGAGUGCUAGCUGGGCUGUGAGUCCUAAUCUCCAGUGGAGAUUAUAUGUUUGAAAUUUCUCAUUUUAAGAACUGGUGAUACAAUUUUGGAAAUGUAAUUUGCAGGCAACAUGUAGAGUAGGAAUACACUAAGCAAACAAAUAUUACUAGUUACCUAAUUGGACCUUGUCAGGACGUCACUCUCACAGAUGAAUCUGUUGUACAUUACACAGUCUGCUGGGUCCCAGCUGGCUGUUGGGUUUUUCCUAGGGAUCAUCAGUGCACAUGGACCAUCGUCAC